GCAUGCCCAGUGCGACCUCGGGCGAGCGACCGCAUUCCCCUCCUCUGAGGCCUUGGCGGGGCUGUGUGGCGAUAUGGCGGCCCUAGUGGUGGUCUUUUGUCCGCUGCCGCGGCUUCGCGGACUCCUUCAGCGCUGCUGGGGGCGGCUGGAGCGCGGCCUCUUGCUGGGUUUCUCCGGGGGCCAGAGCCCGCCCUGGGGACCAGCAUUAGCUGUCCAAGCUCCAGCUUGUCUUCCAGAGCCAGUAGGCGACACCAGAGAAAGUAACGAGGCGCCCAGCUUCUUAGAUAGCAUCUUGUGGAUGGCGGCACCAAAGAAAAGGCGCACCAUUGAAGUGAACCGCUGCAGGCGAAGAAAUCCCAAUAAGCUUAUAAAAGUAAAGAGGAACAUAGAUGUUUGUCCUGAGUGUGGAAACUUGAAACAGAAGCAUGUCCUUUGUGGCUAUUGUUAUGCAAAGGUCAAAGCAGAAACUCGACUGAUACGGAUGGAAAUACGUAAAAAGGAGGGAGGACCAUUUAAUACUCCUACUGUAGAGACUGUCGUCCUUUAUGAUGGAGAAAAGCCCACAGAAAAAGACGAAGGCAAGCGGAUCAUUGAAAGAGCCAGGAAGCGUCCGUCUUGGUUUGUUCAAAACUGAUGCUUUAGAACUAAUGCUAAGAAAAACAGUUGCUACAGCAAGAGAGAUCAUGUUUUUCAAGAAUGUUUUCCUUGUUUUGUUCAUGCAAUGUUGAUAUGGAUAACCUAUGCACUUUUGGGAAUCCUGCUUGAAUCAUGUGUCAUGCCAUAUGGUGUUGCAGUCAGGUGUUGUUUCUAUAGCAUGCAGUGGGAAAUGCUUCUCAGUGAUACAUCGUAACAGUCAACAAUUAAAGAGAAAUCAGGAUCUACCUUGGGUUUGGACAUCUGUGUACAGUACACUGAAUAAUUUGUAUGUUAAUGUUCUAUGCUAGUUUUGUAAAUAACAUUUUUUUUCAACAAAGGGAAAACAUUCACAGAUGUAAAAUAAAGUAUGUUAAGUAUCCUAGGGAAA